AUGGAGCCGCUUACCGUCAUUGGCGCUUUGGCCAGCGCUGCCCAGCUCUUUGAUAUGUCACUCAAGUACUCGUACCGAGCCGGCAACUUCGUAUCUGCCCUCAAGCACUCGGAAGAGCAUGCUGCACUUCUACAUCAGAGGCCAUAUCAGCAUCUACCAGUUCAUAGUUCCAUCAUCGAAAUCUCGAGGCAAUUUGCCGACGAUAUGCUUUCUCUUCACGAGCUUCUCCCCUACGACUUGACCAAAUUCUCGACAUCUCUCCGAAAACGCACCAGAUUCGUUCUCCGAACAAAGGAUACUGAAAAAGUCCUUCAAAGGCUAGACAGCCGCAAGAGUGCGGCUACUUUGGCUCUAGAGGUUACUGGGCGCCUCAACGAAGUGAGGCUUCAGCACAACAUCGUUUCCCUGCAAAGUCAGAUGCAACUACUGUCCAGUCAGCAAGAUGGCCUCCUCGAGAAGAACGUCGAGAAUCGCGAUGAACUUCUAGCUCAGUUUCAUUCACAUGAAACACAUGUUGUUGCAUCCAUUCGGGCGCUCAGUGAGAUUUUAGCCCGGAAUGGUUGGGGCAGCAGAUCGCCAAGUGGAGUUUGUUGGAGGCGUGGCUUGCGCAUUUCGGAGGUCCAAACUCAGGUAGCUGUCAUUCUGGCCCAACAGAAUGACAUUCUGUCGUCACAGAGACUGCUUGUAGCCAAAGCGAACGCCGAGGCCAACGAUCCUGAUAUACUUGCGCGUCCUAUUCGGAUUGAGUUGAGGCAACAGCUUGAACCACUUCUCGAGAAGAUCGACGGGGCUAGGGAACACAUCGAUCGUGUCGCGACUGCGUUCUCCUCCGAGGCUGUUUCCAAACUUGUAUUUGAAACAGAAGGGUCUCCGUCAGCCGCAAAUCGUACCGAGGGUCUGCAUGUUGAUGUGCGCAGCUCAGCAACCCCGCCAAGCGAAGCUGUAGUCGAGGCUAUGUGCUCGACACUUCCUGCAAAUGGGCCACCCUGCUUGCAGCCUAGGAUAAUCCGCUUAUCUUCUAUCGAGCACUAUAUCUCUAGCAGAUUCGGGACGCUAUCUAUUAGGAUGAAAACAUAUCGCCUGUCGAAAUACGGAAUCGGUGGUCAGCGCACAUACUUCCAGCUCCGGGCUGAUAUACUUCCUCGACCACAACUCUGCUCUCGGGCUCUCUCUGCACUCUACUCGUCUGGUCCGGAUCAUCAUGGCUACUUCAGCAUCUGUCCAAGCAUCUCGAUAAUGAACAUAUUGUCUGAUGACUCAGAGGUUUUAUUGAAGAAGAAUGACCCAGCAAGGUUUCGCCAGCUAAUAGAAACAGGUUACCUAGGAAUUUGGGAUGUCAGUGAACUCGGUUACAACUUACUUCAGCUUUCACUGUCCUGGAACCUGCCAAUGACAUGCCAGUACCUUUUGCGUGAUAGUGGUUACGGCGCACAACUAGCCGAGCAGGACGAGAUAACCAUUAUCACUGCCUCGUCUAUUCUCACUCCUGUCAUUUUACGGGCUGAGCCGGACACUGCCGUGGAUAUCCUGGAUCACCUCAAACACUUCACAUCGAAUAUUACCGAUGAAACCAAUAUGGACUCUUACCUGUCUUUAGGCUGGAAUAACUUUUAUGCCGAUUUAUUGAAGAUGCACGCUCGACGUCAAUCGUGCCAGGAGGUAUGGCAUACAGCAGUGUCAUCUGCUCGCCGCCUUAUCGAAUCUGGGCACACAUUGCGACCUUUCUGUUGGACCGGACUGGACCACCUGGGCCAAACGACUUGCCUCAUAGACUUAUAUCUCGAAACAGGGGGGGACCCGAAUGAACCUGCUCCUAGCGGAGAUCAUCCCUUUCUAUUCGCCUUGAAGCUGGUCCUUCACAGCAAUAUCAAAGACGAGAUCAAAGAUAGCCAGACUCAACAUAGUGGAGAGCUUAAUGACGAUGAUACUGAGGCCGAGGAUAAUUAUUCCAACUGUGUUUCAGACAGAGAUCUUUGCGUAAAGCUUUGUAGUGGUUGUCACAAGUGUUUCGCGAUGUCACUUACCGAUGUGGCCUUUGAGGUCGAUAUCGGCGGUAUAUGGGCAGAGGCCUUGGAGCAGUGCGGACUGGAUCCUAGCGCUGUGUUGGAGGAGUCGGAUAGGCGUCUGGCGAAACAUCGCAAACUGAAUGGCGCGUCCCGUACCGGUGUCGAUGUGGAUACUGUUGUAGGCGAGCAUGAAGCGCCCGGUCUAAGGCGCAGGAAUAUCUCGAGGGUCAGGGAGAUCCUAGAGGCUUAG